CCGAUAAAAUUCGUUGUCCGCCAAUACAUACAACAAAGCAGAAAAUUGUUCACAUCUCGAGAGAGAGAGAGAGUUGAGAGCGAAAGCGAAGAUGUACGGCUUCGAGCGUGUGAGCAGCAGCUACGAUGGCGGAAUGAAAGGCGAUAUCGAGGAGGGGACUCUGUACCCGGGAAUUGGUUUCGGCGAGAACCAGCUGCGCUGGGGCUUCAUCCGCAAAGUCUACGGAAUUAUCUCCGCUCAGAUCCUCCUCACCACUCUCGUCGCCGGUGUCACUGUUCUCUAUGCUCCCCUCAAUGAGGCUCUCAAGGGAAGUUCUGGCAUUCUCCUCUUCUUUGUUUUCCUCCCCUUCCUCCUUUUGUGGCCUUUGCACGCCUAUCAACAAAGGCAUCCACUGAACUUCAUUUUCCUUGGACUUUUCACUGCCUCUCUGAGUUUCCCUGUUGCUGUAAGCUGUGCUAACACAGAUGGUGGGAUUGUGCUCGAGGCUCUGAUCUUGACAUCAGCUGUAGUUUCAGCUUUGACUGGAUACACUUUCUGGGCUGCUAAGAAGGGUAAAGACUUCAACUUUUUGGGACCAAUCCUGUUCACCAGCCUUGUCAUUCUCAUCGUGACUGGCUUCAUUCAGAUGUUCUUCCCUCUUGGAUCUGCAUCCACUGCUGUCUUGAGUGCCAUUAGUGCUAUAAUUUUCUCGGGAUACAUUGUUUAUGACACAGACAACUUGAUCAAGCGGUUUACAUAUGAUGAAUACAUCUGGGCAUCCGUCACUCUCUAUCUGGAUAUCCUAAACCUCUUCCUCACCAUUCUGCGGAUGCUUAAACAGGCAGAGAACUAAGUACAAUGUAUGUGUAUUCCACCUGAAACCCAUCCCCUCCGGAUGAUGCUUGCUUUUAUUCCGUUCUCUUGAGGUAGCAAUACAAUUGUGUAGAUACUAUACUAUACAUGUAUCUAUAUCUUCUAUUGCUUACUGACAACCCGCCAUUGCAUUCUGCCCACUUGGAUUCCAAGUGUUUUAAAUGAUGGGGAAGUUGUAAGCCUAAAGUCACUAAUAAAGGUAAUGUUCCAAAAUUCUCUUUA